AUGGAAUUUGUGUACAUCAGCCCAAUCGUUGCCCCUGAUAUUCCCAUCAACGUCUGCCUAGGUAUCCGUCACAAGCUUGGCCGCUCUGCCCAGGAAAUCGUUCUCACAUACGCCGGCGACGGACUCGAUUGUGCUCGCCUGCGAGGUCGCAACUCCGGAUGCCGGGGAUGUUGCAAAGACGUGAUCAAGUCCACCGGCGCCGAAGCCGGCAGACGAACCGAGUGCGAUGAGUUCCCGUUCAAAUCCACCGUCGAAGGAGGCGACGGCGCCUGGGUCCGUUGCGUCACGGCCUGGGAGAACCAGCUGCAGGGAUACUACCUCAACUCGUGGUACAAAGACAACAACAUCAAGCCGGAUGACCAAUUCAUCGUGCGCGUGUCGAAUCUCGACUGCUCGACCGUGCAGCCGAGUGAUCUCCAGACAUGCUCUGGCGGCGGCGUAGGCACUCGGCAGAUCAAGGCAGAGCCGUUGGCGUCUGGGUCCGAAACGGCGGUGCGCCGUACGUUGGACAACAAGACCAACGUUGUCGUCGCUGCUUUUGGAGACUUGGAUGGGAUGGGCUACGAAGCGAACGCUCAGUUGGUGACGGGUCGCUUGACGCAAGGUCGCGUCAUUGACAGCGACGGGUAUGAGGUGUCUGCGAUGAGCGAUGACAACCUCAAUUCGCUUUCGAGCAAAGACGGUUUGAAUGUGAAAUGGAAGUUCGACGAUUACGUCGGAGGGAUUGGUUUCAUCGGAGAGACGCAGUCGACCAGCAUUAACUUGACCUGGGAACUUCUACCCGACCUUUCCGGACCGGACUCUAAGUCAGGUUCCACAGGUCGGGGCGGCUUGAUUACGUCUUUUAUAUUGGCCAUCAUGCUCUGGGCUAUCAUGGCACUUUGCACCUUGAUGGGAUGA